UUAUUUCUUCACAAAUAGCGCGAUAGCAGUGCAUCGAAUGCGUGUAUCCGUCGGAGUGUUAAUAUCGAGAUAUGCAAAGGAGUACUGUUGUUUAUUGAUGGUAGACGCUUCACGGUCCGGAAUUAUUACCUUCCACGCUGUCACGAGACAUUUCUUAUCAGGAUGUCGUACCAGUUGUACAGGAACACAACGUUAGGAAAUACGCUGCAGGAAACUCUCGACGAGUUGAUGCAAUAUGGACAAAUAACGCCACAGCUUGCAAUAAAAGUAUUGCUACAAUUUGAUAAAGCUAUUAAUCAAGCUUUAGCAACAAGAGUUAAAUCAAGACUUACAUUUAAGGCUGGCAAAUUAAACACAUAUAGAUUUUGUGAUAAUGUGUGGACUUUUAUGUUGAAUGAUGUUGAAUUCCGUGAAGUUCAAGAGGUUGCGAUAGUAGAUAAAGUAAAAAUUGUUGCUUGCGAUGGAAAAAGUAUGUAUAAUCCUACAAUCUAAUCCAUGAUGUAUUAGAUAUUUAAGUUAACAUUGGAUGCAGAUGGAGCAGCGAAACGAUAACGAAUUUAGCAUUUUAUACAUGCAAAGAAUCUUUCCUAUAUUGUCAAAAGAUAAUUUUAAAAAAUAAGUUUUUGUGAUAAG